AUGUUUGGUAUUUCUGUUUCUUCAUGUUGUUGUGUUGUAUUUGUUACUUUGUUUCAUGUGAAUGCCAAGUACUGUGUGAAUGAUUGGGACUACGUGUCGUCCAUAUCUGCGAAAUUGGUGUAUGUCAAUUUUCUUGAGGCCUUCUGCAACGACCAAACUACCUUCCACUUUACACCACAUUCUUCCAUUGAUGGUAGGGCGCUUCAGUUAACCCCAGACACCGAGAACUAUAACAAAACAAGUUGUCGGAUCAUGUACCAUAGAACUUACCGAAUACAGACUAUGGCUUUCUGACAUGCCUCAUUCAACUCAACUUUCCUCAUCAUCAUCUACAGCGACAAAGAGUGGGACGCUCGUGAGGGGUUUGCUUUUCUUAUAGGUUUGGAUAUUCAUGUACGUGGACAAAGUCAGGGGCAGUGGCUAGGCCUCGCAAAUUCCAGCACUGAUUGUCAAGCCACAGGCCACUUCGUUGCUGUUGAAUUUGACAUGGAGAAGCAAGAUUUUGAUCCUGAUGACAACCACAUUGGACUCAACAUCAAUUCUGUACGAUCAGACAAGACUGUUUCUCUCAAGCCUUUAGGCAUUGAGAUAUCACCGGAGAUACCCACCAACUACAGCGUGCAGGUGGAAUACAACGGUAGGUCCACAGUCGAAGUGUACAUGGCUAUACACUCUCAAACUAACCAGCCAAAGAAGCCUGAGACACCACCUUUGAAGGAGACAAUAAACUUGAGGCAGUACUUGAAAAAGGUGUCCUGCUUCGGAUUUGCUGGUUCCACAGGCAGCUCAGCGCUUCAGCUGAACUGCGUUUUGAAAUGGGAUCUGAAGGUGGAGGAAAUGCACCCUAAAAAAGAUUUGACUUGGUUGAAUGCUGUCGGGGUUGGUGUCCCAAUAACGGUUUUGCUACUAUUCUCUACAGUUUGGGUGGGAUUUGGGUAUGCGAACAAAAGGAAAAGAACCAGGAACGAAGAGUCCAAUGUUCACGGGACACUGAAGAAGUUGCCAGGGAUGCCUAGGGAGUUCAAGUACAAGGAGCUUAAGGAGGCUACCAAGAACUUCCAUGAGAGCAUGAGACUGGGGCAAGGCGGAUUCGGCAUUGUUUACAGAGGAUCUCUGCAUGAUAAAGAUCAUGCAAAUACCAACACCUCUGCAGAAACUGCUGUCAAGAAAUUUUCUCAGGACAACAUCAAGGGCAAAGAUGAUUUCAUGGCUGAGCUCACCAUAAUUCACUGCCUUCACCACAAACAGCUUGUCCAAUUAGUAGGAUGGUGCUAUGAGAAAGGGAAGCCUCUUCUAGUGUACGAUUUCAUGCCAAAUGACACCAUUGAUAAACACCUACAUGAAGUUUAUGAUGAGAAUACACUGAAUUGGAAACACCGAUGCAAGAUCCUAGCUGGUGUGUCAGCAUUGCAUUACCUGUAAAAUGAGUAUGAUCAAAAAGUGGUGCACUGCGACCUUAAAGCCAGCAACAACUUGCUUGACAAAGAUGUCAAUGCUCCUGGAAAGUUUGGCCUUGCCCAAGCCUUGGAUCAAGAAAGGAACUCAUGUGCUGAACUAAACUAGCUGGUCCCGGGCACCAUGGGCUAUGUUGCUCCAGAGUGCUUUCACACAGGGAAGGCUACUCCGUCUGAAGUGUUCGGUUUUGGGGCAGUGAUGCUUGAAAUUGUGUGUGGUAGAAGUCCUGGGAUCAUGAUUGUUCAUGAACACCAGCAGUAUUCAUUGGUCGAUUGGGUGUGGAUGUUGCAUUCAGAAGGGCGUAUCAAAGAAGCCGUAGAUGAGAGGGUAAAAAAUGAUUAUGUGUUUGAUGAAGCAAAGCUUCUACUUCUCGGGUUGACAUGUUCACCUCUGAUUGCUAGUGAGAGGCCUCAAAUACAGGCGGUUUGCCAGAUCAUAUCUGGAACAGGAACCAUGCCGGCCCCUAGUGUACCUCCAUUCAAGCUCGCUUUCACGUGGCCUUCUGUGGCUACUGCCUACAGCAGCACUGAGACCGAGAUUACACUUUCUAACAUCAUUCUUUCUAGCAUUACCUUGUCUUCCUAAGUUACAGUAGAACAUUGAAUGUAAUAGCAUUGCAGUGGCUUCAGCUCAUCCCCUGACUAGUUAUUAAGCUCCUAGGAAGGCGGGGUUAACCAGCCAUAGCGAGUUUUCUUACUGUAUGUAGUCUCCUCUUGCUUUAAGAUUGGAGGUUUUUUACGUAAGUCCGUUGUUUAGAAUACCUCGUGAUAUUAUGUUUAACGAGACUGCUAAUUGUGCUAAGAAUUUUUUUAAAGAUUCUACCUGAAAUCAGUAAAAUUAC